AUGGAGAAUAAAUCCAAUACGCCAUCGUCAUCGUCCCCCUCGACAAGGACUUCUUCCUCUACAGCAUCUACCUCAACUACAACCCCAAAUACAUCGGGGUCGUCCAAGGGGCAGAUUCACGUUAAACUCAUAUCUGCUCGUGGUCUCACCGUCACCUCCGUUCGCUCCCGCCCUUACGUAGUCGUUCAAUUCGAGCAGAACGAGUUCGUAAGUCGUGAUCCCACUGACGAGAUGGACAAGGAGGUCAAAGGAACUGCAACCGCUCUCUCUCGCGCAUCUUCCUCUAUUGCACUAUCAGCACUAUCAUCUAUCGGUGUUCCUCGUCCCCUAGGAAAGGCUAGCGCCGGAAAUACCCCUUCGUCAUCUGUUUCAUGUAAACAACCUUCGCCCAUCAAUCUUCCUUCUACUACUACUACUCAGGGUCUUUUUGGUCGCUUAUCUGCCCACAAUCCUGUCUGGAAACACGAGGUCUCUUUCGACGUUACGUCUGAAGAAUCCCUCAUUUCAUUUAACCUCUACGACCGCGUCGCGGAACACCUUUUCCUCGGAACAGUUCAAAUAAAGCCCGUCCUCAUCCAUGACCAUACUGUUGAUCAAUGGUACAAACUUCGACCGUUCGAGAACGAAGUAGUAACCGGAGAAAUGCGGGUGCAGAUCACGUUCGAGCAAUACAAGACAAAACGUGCGCUCACCCCACGCGAUUUCGAGUUCCUCAAAUUGAUCGGACGCGGCACAUUCGGCAAGGUCUUCCAAGUCCGGAAACGCGAUACAAAGCGAAUAUAUGCUAUGAAGGUCCUCUCUAAGAGAGAGAUCGUUGCGAAGAAGGAAGUCGCCCAUACGAUCGGAGAGCGAAAGAUCCUACAACGAUCUCUAGAAUCGCCUUUCCUCGUCGGCCUCAAAUUCAGCUUCCAGACCGACACAGAUUUAUACCUGGUAACUGACUUCAAGAGCGGGGGCGAGCUAUUCUGGCACCUCCAGAAAGAGACACGUUUCUCUGAAGAACGUGCACGGUUCUAUAUCGCUGAGUUGGUUCUGGCUCUGGAACAUCUGCAUAAAUACAACAUUGUGUAUCGGGAUCUCAAGCCGGAGAACAUUCUUCUCGACGCCACUGGCCAUGUCGCGCUCUGCGAUUUUGGGUUAUCAAAGGCGGAUCUACGGUCCGACGAGCUCACUACAACGUUCUGUGGCACAACGGAGUACCUGGCGCCUGAAGUCCUUUUGGAUGAGCAUGGAUAUAGCAAACUCGUUGACUUCUGGUCCCUUGGCGUACUCCUUUUCGAGAUGUGCUGUGGCUGGAGUCCGUUUUAUGCCGAAGACACCCAGCAAAUGUACAAGAACAUUUGCUUCGGGAAGAUUCGGUUCCCCCGGAACGUUAUCAGCGAGGAUGGCAAGAUGUUUGUGAAAGGGCUUUUAAACCGAAAUCCCAAACAUCGCUUGGGGGCACAGCGCGAUGCCGAAGAGCUGAAAGCACAUCCGUUCUUCUCAUGCAUAGAUUGGAAAGCUCUUCUCCUGAAGCAAGUGACCCCACCGUUCAAGCCCGUCGUAGAGUCGGAUGAAUCGACUGCGAACUUCGAUCCGGAGUUUACCACUGCUAACGUCAAAGAGGUUGGCGUGGGUCUCGACGGACACGGAAGUCCAGACGAAGAAGAUCCUAGUGAAGAUUGGACGCAAACGCAAGUCGGCUUACCAGGGUCACACAUGCCGAACGGACCGCUGGGCAGUGACCGUCAUGUAAAUGGCGUAAACUCGAACGGUUCAGCCGGCCCUCCAUCUCCCUUACCUGCUGUCAACGGCAAUGGUGCCGGACGUGCUAUCCCACGGAAGAAGCAAGAUAUGGCAGGGUCGCCUCUGACGAGCAGCGUGCAAGAGAAUUUCCGCGGAUUCACGUACCAUGGGGGCGAAAGUGUGGUGAUGGCAAUGGGCGUCACGGGUAGAGAACCCGAUGACGAAGAUGAUGAAGCGGUGGCCGAUGAAGAGGUCCCGGAGGUGACCACAGAAGACGAGUUCGAAGGGGAGAGUUUCGCGGGACGCUACUCCAACCGGAGAAAGGGAAUAGAUGAUGACAUAGCUGAGUGA